AUGAAGAAGACGGCUGAUGGGCUGCUGGAGUACGAACCCGGCCUUCCCUCGCUGCAGGACCUGUGCGUGCGGGCGAUUGCCAAGCAUCUGGAUCAGGUCGACUCGUUUGGUGAUAUUUCUGCCCAGAGCUUGAACAGGCUCUGUCGGAUCAUCAGCAAGAUGCGCGUUCUGGAUGAGAGCACCCUUAGCUUGUUCUUGGGCGCCGAAAAGAACGCGGUAACGCUGUAUGACUGUACGAAAAUAUCGCGCAGCGGCCUUCAGCGCAUAGUCAAUGAGUGCCCGCAGAUUCAGGCGCUCGAUCUUGAGUACUGCGGCCGCUUGGAUAGCUCUGGCCUGAUUGACUUUGGGUCUCGCUUGCCCUUUUUGACAUCCUUGCGUAUUGAGGGCGCAUUCCUGGUCAAAGAUAGUGCCUGGGCCAUGCUGUUCCGCACAUGUGCGCGGCGGCUGACGUCGCUCAAAGUGCGCUUUGUUGGGUUCGGCCCGGUAGCCACACGGGCGCUGGCCAUCCACUGCACGCAGCUGGUCGAGCUGCGCAUCUCGGAGUGCAUUGACUUUGAUGAUGACUGCCUGGCCAUCCUGGCCCCGCUGAGCUGCUUGCAGUCCCUGGAUCUGGCGCGUCCGCACAAACCGAUGAGCAGCCAAACGACUGCGCGAGUCAUCCGCACUGUCGGGUCGCAGCUGCGCGUCCUGGAUCUGUCAGGAUUCAAGGACAUUGAUGAUAGCUUUUUACUGAAUGCUCUGGACGCGAACUGCCAGAACCUGCAGGAGUUGUAUUUGAACGAGUGCAAUGGAAUUUCACCGGCCGCCAUGGCCCAGUUUUUUGCCAGCCAGCGUGGAAAGGCCAUGGUUGCCAACAAGGGAUAUAGGCGUGUGGGACUGGAGCGGUGUUACAUGCUGACAGACAGCGUUAUUCAAGAGCUGGUUCUGCACUCGGGCGCCACACUGACAUGGCUGAACAUCAACUCUUCUGGCACAAGCCAAUAUGUUUUGGCUGAGCAGACAUCUGGGUGCGUGAACCUCGAGGAGCUCGACUUAUCGUGGGUGCGAUGCACAGCGGAUGCUGUUCUCGAGGACGUUUUGGCAACGUGCAAGAAACUGGAGACCAUCAAGGCGUAUGGAUGUCCGGAUAUCACUGCAUUUGCGCCCAAGCGCCCGGGCUUGAGGUACAUUGGCCGCGAGUGUGACACUCUGUAG